AAAAAGAUUUAUUACCACAAACAGAAAUAGCGCAUAGAGGAAAGAAAAGAAACUGUACCUUCUCUGCAUAUAAUUGUUUGUAAGCCUGACCAUACAUCAGCGACACAGUCUCUCUAUAUGUCUCUUUCGAGUUUCACAAACCUCCCUUCUAUGGCGGCAGCACUCUCAUCAAUCGCCGUAACACUCAAACCACUCAACUGCUCUUUCUCUUCCUCUAACUCUCGCCUCAGUCACCACCCUAUCUCCGCCGCCGUGUUCCCACCGUCUCUCAGAUUCAACACCUUUCGACGAUGUAAGAACAUCACCAUCUGUUUUGUCAUUGAAGAUCAGAAACAAAGCUGUCCCGACAUCUUGACGACGUCGAGGCUUGAGAAAGAGGAGAGGAAGAAGUCGGAGAGAUUCACUUAUCUAAUCGCUGCUAUGAUGUCGAGCUUCGGCAUUACUUCCAUGGCAAUCAUGUCCGUUUACUACCGAUUUUAUUGGCAAAUGAAGGGAGUUGAGGUACCAGUAUCAGAAAUGUUUGGUACAUUUGCUUUCUCAAUUGGUGCCGUCGUUGGGAUGGAAUUCUGGGCAAGAUGGGCUCAUGAAGCUCUCUGGCACGCUUCGUUGUGGAACAUGCAUGAGUCUCAUCACAAACCUAGAGAAGGAGCGUUUGAGUUAAACGAUGUGUUUGCUAUAAUAAACGCGGUUCCUGCGAUUGGUCUUCUUUACUAUGGAUUCUUCAAUAAAGGACUUGUUCCGGGUCUCUGCUUCGGUGCGGGACUAGGAAUAACAGUGUUUGGAAUGGCCUAUAUGUUCGUCCACGAUGGACUUGUGCACAAGAGAUUCCCUGUAGGUCCCAUUGCCAAUGUCCCUUACUUUCGGAAGGUCGCCGCCGCUCACCAGCUACACCACACAGACAAAUUCAAAGGUGUACCAUAUGGGUUGUUUCUUGGACCCAAGGAAGUGGAAGAAGUGGGAGGCAAGGAAGAGUUGGAGAAAGAGAUAAGUAGGAGAAUCAAAUCGUACAACAAGGGUUCCACCUCUUAAUUAUUUGUUGAGUUGAAGUUAAUUAAAAAAUAAGUAGGGAAGAUUCGGGCUAAUUGGCCUUUUGAGUUACAAAUUUGAAAUGACUGAAAUAUAACAAAGGCCCUUUUUCAUUUGCAAUGGGUGAUUGUUUCUAUGAUAAUAACAAAAUCCAAAUUUUGAUCCGGGCUUUAAAAGCGCAUGAUUAUA